AUGUGUUAUCGAUUACAGAACAAAAAGCAUCGUUGUCUUCGAAGAAAAAAAAGAAAAAAGCCGACAUUGAUAUCUAAAAGUGAUGAAAAUGAAAUAUGUUUAAUUUUAGAAAGGUUACUACCCGAAGCAAAAAUUUUAUUUCAAACUGAUGAUAAUAAUGAAAAAAAUGAUGAUAAUAAAAGUAAUGAAAGUUUAAAAGAAAGUAAAGAAACAAACAAUGUCAAAGAAGAAGCGAAAGAGAAAAGAAAAGGAUUGGCACUCGGAGUCAAUGAUUUAAAUCGAUGUAUUAAAAAAAAUUUGAUUUCUGCUGCAUUAUUAGCAAGUGAUGUUUCACCCAAACUCCUCAUACAUCAUUUAAAUUUAUUAUGCAUUCACAAUAAAAUACCUUAUUUACAUUUGGAACGGCUUAGAAAAGUUACAUACAAAACAUUAGGAUUUUCAUGUAUAGCAUUAGGAUUUAAAAAAAAUUAUGAAACUUUCAGUGAAAUCAUCUCUAAAAUUCAAUCAUUAGCUGUUAUUAAUGAUAAUAUUUCAAAUGAUAAAGAAUUUAACAAAAGUUUAUCAAAAAUAAAACGAAUAAAUCUAUUAGAAAAGCCUGAAAAAAUUGAAGAAGAAUGUAAUUUCGAAUUUGAUUAUUUAUAUCGAAGUAGCAUAAGUGAAAGAAUUUUUAGUCCGGAGACUUAUUUUCAAAAAAAUGAAAUGAAAAAUAAUGAAAAGGAUUUUAUAUCCAUUCAAAAUAAUCAAAAUGAUGGAACAAAAAAAAAUAAAAUUUGA